AUGGUGGAGUUAGCGUCUAAAAUAUCGCCAGCGAACCAGCUACUAUUCAAUCAAAUCGCCAAUGAGUUAUCAGCUUCACUGACCGGACCAACGCUAGAGUUUAUUGAUGUUCUGAUAGAGUCUUUUAUGUAUCCUAGAGGCAAUCGCAGCCUCUUCGCGAGCGCCAGAGGGGAGACGAGUAUGGAAAGCUCUCCCACUGACCACCAGCAGUUGUAUGAAUGUCAAGAUUUUGGCCACAACUGCCUCUUGGGGAUGGUGUAUGCCAGGCAUCUGCUAAACAAAAUAAAAUCUCAGAGCUUGACAGAGUCUCCAGACUUUGCCUGGUCGCUCCUGGAGCUUCUAGAGGACACGCGCAGCACGCUAGUGCAUCUACUAAAACAAAUGAGCAGUCAAAUAGAACUGCCGAUGUGCUCGGAGAUGUACAGGCAAAUAUUAAGUGAAAACGUUUUUCACUUCCGGCAUGCAUUUUUGAAUUUUCAGGCACUGGACUGCAUCCUUCACCAGCUGCUGGAGACGCUUGAUAAAACCGGGCUGUUAGACGAAGUAGUGUUUCAAAUUGACUACAAAACUAUUGGCGCGAUUCAAAGAUUUGCUGCAGACAACACCCAGUGGUUUGAGGAUAUAAUGUUAGGCUCCAAGGCCCUGAAAGAAUACUUAUUACUUCAAGACUACCGCACUGACUAUUUGGAUCAGGUUACGGCAACCAAGGUACCCAAGGGUGUAAGAAAGGCUAUUCGGUCUCCUGAAUUCAGUUCUUUUGUCCACGCGAGGAAAUCGCGGUUGAAGAUAUCUCAUCGCAAGAUAUUUUGA